AGCCGGGAGAGGCGGCUUUGCGGCCGCAGGCGCAGGCCAGGGCUGGUUUCCGAGACGCGCAGCUCCGGCCCCCAACAUGCGCGGCUCGCUGUGCCUGGCGCUGGCAGCGUCGAUCUUGCACGUGUCCCUGCAAGGCGAGUUCCAGAGGAAGCUCUACAAGGACCUGGUGAAGAACUACAACCCCUUGGAGAGGCCGGUGGCCAACGACUCGCUGCCGCUCACAGUCUACUUCUCCCUGAGCCUCCUGCAGAUCAUGGACGUGGAUGAGAAGAACCAAGUGUUGACCACCAACAUUUGGCUACAAAUGCAGGCAAGAAAGCAAAGUGCUGAUAAUGCUGCCGUCUGUGUUUGUCAGACUUGGACAGAUCACUAUUUACAGUGGAAUGCAUCCGAGUAUCCAGGCGUGAAGACGGUUCGUUUCCCAGACGGCCAGAUCUGGAAGCCAGACAUUCUCCUCUACAACAGUGCUGAUGAACGGUUUGAUGCUACGUUCCACACCAAUGUGUUAGUGAAUUCUUCUGGGCACUGCCAGUACCUCCCUCCAGGCAUCUUUAAGAGCUCCUGCUACAUCGACGUGCGCUGGUUCCCCUUUGAUGUGCAGCAGUGCAAACUGAAGUUUGGGUCCUGGUCUUAUGGAGGAUGGUCCUUGGAUCUGCAAAUGCAGGAGGCAGACAUUAGCGGCUAUAUCCCAAAUGGAGAAUGGGACCUUGUGGGGUCCCAUUGUUUCAAUGGUGGUUCCCUCCUCUCUCCCUACCCGCCCCCCGGCAAUGAAGGGAUCUUGGGCAAGCGGAGUGAAAAGUUCUACGAGUGCUGCAAAGAACCCUACCCAGACGUGACCUUCACAGUCACCAUCCGCCGCAGGACUCUCUACUAUGGCCUCAACCUGCUCAUCCCCUGUGUGCUCAUCUCUGCCCUAGCCCUCCUCGUCUUCUUACUCCCUGCAGACUCUGGAGAGAAAAUCUCCCUGGGAAUCACAGUUUUACUCUCCCUCACCGUCUUCAUGCUGCUGGUAGCUGAGAUCAUGCCUGCGACCUCUGAUUCAGUGCCCUUAAUAGCCCAGUACUUCGCCAGCACCAUGAUCAUCGUGGGCCUCUCUGUGGUCGUCACGGUGAUCGUGCUACAGUACCACCACCACGACCCCGAUGGUGGCAAGAUGCCCAAGUGGACCAGAGUCAUCCUCCUGAACUGGUGCGCCUGGUUCCUUCGCAUGAAGAGGCCGGGGGAGGACAAGGUGCGGCCGGCCUGCCAGCACAAGCAGCGCCGCUGCAGCCUGGCCAGCGUGGAGAUGAGCGCAGUGGCGGGGCCACCGGCCACCAAUGGCAACCUGCUGUACAUCGGCUUUCGCGGCCUGGACACCAUGCACUGCGCGCCCACCCCUGACUCAGGGGUCGUGUGCGGCCGCGUGGCCUGCUCCCCAACCCAUGACGAACACCUGCUGCAUGGCGGCCAGCCCUCUGAGGGGGACCCGGACCUAGCCAAGAUCCUGGAGGAGGUGCGCUACAUCGCCCACCGCUUCCGCUGCCAGGACGAAAGUGAGGCCGUGUGCAGCGAGUGGAAGUUCGCGGCCUGUGUGGUGGACCGCCUGUGUCUCAUGGCCUUCUCCGUCUUCACCAUCCUCUGCACCAUCGGCAUCCUGAUGUCGGCACCCAACUUCGUUGAAGCUGUAUCCAAAGACUUCGCUUGACCCAGCCCUGGCUCCCAGCGUGUAGGACAUACACAGAUAUGCCAUGAUGAUGGCUUAAAGAGAACUUGGGAUGGCUGAUCCCACAGCAGCAUUAAACCUUGAAAAACAUACAUGUACCCCAUCGCUGUCAUGUCUGUUUCAGUUUCCUUGUUACUUUCAGUAAUGGGAUCUCAGCACAUUUCAGUUUAACCCUCUUUAGUGGGCCACUUGAUAUCCUUGGAGCCGUCCUUAUGGUCAGCAGGACCCCCAAGAGGUAGUUUUGUCCAUCCCACAUUGCCUGGUGAGCCCUUCAGAGGUUGGGGUAGCUCAGGACUGACUGCCAGGGGAGGCCUGGACAGCGGGUUUGCAUGCCUGCAUGUCACUUGCCAUGAGGGCCUACAUGAAAAUUCAUACCUGCUUUUGCCUGUGUACAAACCUAAAUUGAAGUUAAUCACAAUAAUAAACCACACUCAGUAAACCCAUCAGAUGAUUGAUGAAACAAAACUAAAAACCCAACUACUCGUUUUUCUUCAAUUCAGACUUUAAUUUUCUCUACCAAAGACAGUUGAUAAACACUUCUAUGCUAUGUCUGCACUUUUAAAAAGAGACAAUAAUAGUUAUCUUGUAAAUUAUGCUUUUGCCAGCCUGAUUUUUGCCAACUUACCCUCUUGGGAAUCAGGAUGUACACAGGUGUGUGUUGAUUCUGAACCAGGACCAGAUUCAGUCAAGUCGGGGGAAUUUCUGUAGAUCCCAGAUGCUCUCAAGCUUCCUUUGCUGCCCCUAGGCACCAGGCGGUUGAGUGAAUCUGUUGUAGAGGACAAGUAGAAUUCUAUUAGAAUUACCACCCAAUGUAAUAAUAGCUGAAGCUAAAUUAAACCACCUAUGUUUUUUUAACAGUGUAUUAAAUGUUUCACAUAUAUUGGAGUUGGUUAGCCUUAUAAAACUUGUGGAUCCAUACAAAUGCACAACAUAAAGUCACCAAAGUAUUCCAUGCAUUUUCUCCUUGUGUCAGGGCUAAAAGGCUAAAAGGCUCCCUGUGUUGCAGGAACUGGGGAGGGGGUGGUGUGGCUGAUGGCUUUCCUGAAUGGCAGACCAGUGGUGGUUAGCAGGAGAGGCUGAUAGACUAGCAGUGGCUGCAUACCCAGUAACUCCGGUUUCUGGUUUGGCAAGGCUCAGUUUAUGCACCCCAGCUUCAGCCCAGAGAGCUGGCUGAAUGAGUAGAUUCACUGGAAGCUUGUGUUUUGAAAGCAAGGGGGACUUUCUUUUAAAUCCAAGUGGUGAUGCGGUUCUCCACUUAGAUUUUCUACCUGACAGUCGUCACUUUGCUUCUCCCAUCUUUACUGUUGAAUGUGAUCAGAGGAAGACACAGGACAAGACAGUCUGUCCUGUUCUGUUAUUUCAUCUAGUAAACUCGCAGAGCUCAAAACUGCCGAAAAAUGCCUGAACUCCUGGGGAUCUUUAAUUUGCUUCUAACCCCUGAAAUGGCUACGUUAUGAGGGAAGAUUUGAUUUUUCAGAGCACAAGAAAUUGCGUGCCCUUCUCCAGCAUUUAGUUCGCUCAUUUCUGGGUGGAUUUGUGUGCACUGAGGAAGAUGGAGGUGUGUGCCUGCUCUAUGUCUAUGUGUGUGUGAUAAUGUGUAUGUGAGAACCUUCAGAAAAGGUACCUGGUUUACAGUGAGAAAGUUGAUGAAUAAGGGCGUUCCAGCAUAAUGCCGUUUGGAGCAGGGCUGUCCUCAGAGUACACUCAUUCUAUAUGGAGUGGAUAAAAAUGCACAUUUUUUUUCUCUAUUAUUAAAGUGUCUUUAGAAACAACUAGAAGUAUUUUGAUAUAUAAACAGAGUACUUCAUUUCUUACUGCUAUUCCAAGUUGAGCCCUACUGCAUUUUGCUUUAAUAACAAAACCUUUUUUGUUUUGUAUUUUAUACAGAAAACAUAAAAAGGCAAACAGAAGGAGUUUGGAUUUUGACCAUGCAAAUAACUACUCUGUGAUUUAAAACGUAGUAAUAAGGAAAAGAUGCACAUGUAGAAAGACAAGUAUGAAGGGCUGAAAAUAAGUGCCCCACCACCAUCCCUGCCUUAUCUCCUCAUAGGGGACCACCAGUGAGUGAGCUUCUGGGGAGGGACGGGCAUUUCCAGAAAGAAACAAAGGAGAAAGACCAAGGAAGGAGAAAGGGGACGUGGAGAGAGAACCUCCUUUUCUGUCCAUUUCUAGAACCUGUGCUGUGCGCAGUGCCCUGCACUUUGCUUUUUUCAUUGGAUGUUAAGAGAUCUUUCCAUAACAACAUACAAAGAUCUACCUCAUUCUUAAUGGCUGCUUAGCCUUCCAUUGUCCCUGUGCACUAAUUUCUUUGAUUAGUCUUUUAUUAGUGAACCUAUAGAAUAUGUCCUGUCUUUAUUUUUAUACACAGAUCUAGAAUUAGCAUCCUUGUACUUAUAUCAUGGCAUACUUUUGUGACUGUAUCUUGAUAUCGAUUGGAACUUGAAAAUGGAGUUGCUGAAUUUCAGACUAUGUCUAUUUAACACUUUUGUCAAUUAUUGUCGGAUGAUUCUUCAAAAAUUGAUCUGUGGUUACACUUAUCAAAAGUAUAAUGAAAUGAUCAAUUUCUCAGUUUUCUCAAACAGCUUUUAUUCUAGUCUAGUGAAGAAUAAUAUUACAAUAUUAUUCUUAGUUCACUUUAUUAGGAGUGAAGUUGAACAUCAUUUCAAAUGUUUUCUGGUCACUUUUUGGUAAAUUUAUGUCCUUACACAGUUUUGGCUCUUUCUUAAUUAAUUUGGAUGUAUAUUUUGAAAAUUUUCUGUCUUAUGUCUUGAAAAUAUUUUUGUCUUUUGAGGUUCUCUAUUGAUUUUUUUAUUGUCACAUAUAUAAAAUUUAAAGUUUUAUGUUGUCAAUUUAUCCUUGUUUUCCAUUUUAGAUCCCAGAAUUUGUUUCCAGUUCUAAAAGACCUUUCCCAUUCUAAGAUUAUAAAUAAAUUUACUCAUAUUUUCUUCUAAAUCCUUAUGGUUUCAUCUGUUUAUCUUUACCUACUUUUACCUCCCAGAAAUUCAUUUAUUGCAGGAAAUGAAGGUAAAGAUGUAAUUUUUUUUCCCUUCAAAAGUUUAGUAAGUUAUGCUAGCAAAAUAUAUAACAGUGCAUUCUGGUAUAAAAUUAUAUAGUCUUUUCCCCCUUUGUUCAAAUGCCACCUUAUUUGUAACUAAAUUCCUCAAAGUGUUUGAAUCUACUUCUGUUUUAUUGAUUUAUCUCCCUAUGAAUUCCUUUAAUUUCUGAGGCUUCAUUCCUAUUAAUAUAAAAUAUUCAUAUUAAUAUAAAUAUUUUCAGGUCAAGGCUCCUCGGAACACUUGCCUCUCUUUCCCUUUAACUGUCUUCCUCAUACACACAUAACUUUUUUUAAAAAAUGGGGCCACAGUGAAUUUGUAGAUUAAUUGUUUUCCUAUCCAAGAAUGCUGCCAUCCAACUUAUAUUCAAAUCUCAUGUCACUCAUAGAGUUCUACGGUUUUGUUCAGAUAGAUCCUAUGAAUUUGUUAUUGUCUAUUUCUAGAUAUUUUAUCAUUGGCUAUCAUUUUCAAUGGAAUAAUUUUUUACAUUUUGUAUUCUCACCAGAUAUAUAGGAUAGUAGUUGAUUUUGUAUAUCAGUGUUAUAAUCAAAUACCCUAAUUGUAAUUUCUUACUGUUUCUAAGAUUUUCUUUUGCCUCCCCCUUUACACUAAUUCCCCUAUUUCUUUCUCUUAGCCAACUGCAUUUGAGAACAGUAUUAAAGAAUAGUGAUUCAGGCUGCAUACCUGUUCCUGACAUCAAUAGGAUGAUUUAAUGGCUCACCAUUUAACUGGAAUGAAAGCAUGUGUUUUGCUUAUAAUAAACAGUAUCUGUGUAUUCUCAAA